UGUAAAUUGGACUGCUACAGGACCUUACUGACAUCUUAACCACAAAGGCAUAAAAAGGAUUACAGAGAUUCCAGCACCAUGAGUACUAGAAUAAAACCACUGUCUCAGGAUCAUAGUGGCUCUGGGAUCCCUCUGCCCCGGACCAUGAGCACCUUCUCCAAGCAGAACCCCAAGUUCUCAAGCGGCAACUUCCUGAGUUCACCUGCACAAUAUCAACCAGGUGGACGAACAGCUUCCUUAUCGCCCUCCACGUCUAGCAUUGGUAAUUCUAAAGAGCUGCUAAAGGAAGCUUCAUCAAGGAUUCAGUACCAACUGCAGAGAUCGGCUCCGCUCAAGACCUCAUUUAACCACAUGACCGGAUCUCGCUCUGCCUACAGUAGUCCACGGGUUCCUAAAAGGGAUACGCUACGCUCUAAAGACACGCUUGACCUCCGUAGAGUCCACGCAACCCAGGACAGGUUUGGAGACUUGACAAAGAAUGGCAACAAAAACUGGAAAACUAAUCAGGUACAGUUCAAGAGUCUGGACAAUGCAGAUGCUUCUUCAUCUUCUCGUAUAAUAAUGCAGGGCAGGCAGAUGGGGAAUGCUCGCCUCAGAACAACCAAUGGGAAUUUGAUUUGGGGAUCCUCUUCUGGUAAUCGACCAGACUUUAACAAGCAAAGAAUCAAAUUUAAAAAUGGAAGCACUGAGAGAGACCUGAACUCUUGCAAAAGCACGCCACAGAAAACUGCAGUAAGGGAAUCGCCUCGUAUGGCUGCAGUAGCACCUUUCAGAUUCAGGCUUCAGGUUCAGGAGGAUGCAGACAUGUCCUCUUUGGAGGAUGUCAGCGACUGCUCCUCAGAUUCCAUGGAAGUGUGCUGUGAAGAUUUGAUGCCUCCAUUGGCUGCCAGGGUAAAUGCAGUUGUUCCUAUAUCAGUUAAAAGGAUCAUUAAAGUCAAAUUCAGCCUUGUGAUGAAGUUCGUCAUGAAUGAAGAUGUAAACCCUUUUGACAUUUACAGAAGAUUUCAGAUACAGUAUGGUGCUGAGACACUUAGCCAUUUUAAAGAAGCCUGUAUGUCCAUGAAUGAUGGUCUCUAUCCCUGA